UUAAAAAAAAAAUUACCCAGGUAUCUGCUAAUUGCAGGUGAAUAUCUCGAUAAACUUUUUUAGUAUUGUAAAACCUUAUUCUGAGUACGUGGCUGUUUGUACUUUGGAAUUAGAGCUUGGCGGGGCCGCUAAAAGUUUAGAGCAAUAGGUACUACGUAAUUCUAGGUACCUAGAAUUACAUUUCGGUAAAAUUACGUACCUAAGCCAGGCAAUAUUUCCAUUAUUUUUUUUAUUUUUUUUAAUAUUCUUUCUCCCCGGCUUAGAACCGAAAAUGCGGCUCUGAACUUAGCAACAACGAAACAACGACGUAUCGACAUUUACAAAAUCUCCAAUAGACAUUUGCAAUCACUUUCCUGUCAUAUAUACCUAAACUUCCCUGUCAUAUAUAUAAAAUAUAGUAUAUUGAUCUCAUUCGCCCUUAACUUUAGACCUCACCACUCUUCAAUCCUAAUGAAUGAAUCAAUUCCUUUUUGAACGUUCCAUCGGGAGCCUUGGGCCUAACGUGUUCGCUAGGCUACAGACCACACAGCUCCUACACUCGUUUCGUCCUGCACCUGAAUUCCGUUUUAAUGGAGGUGAGAGAGGUACCGCUGUUAGAAAUGAUGAGGCAGGGUCAAUAACCCCAGAUCCCACUUCUACGCUAUGGGCACAUCAGGCUGGUGUUAACGCCUUAGCACUUGAUCGCUUCGACGGUAGAAUUCUGGUAUCAGGAGGGUUGGACGCUUCUAUCAAGAUAUGGGACCUUGAACAAUGCGGCAACCCCUCCAAGGCCCAUACCUAUACCCCUAUCGCUAAGAUCUCGCGUUCGGACCAAGCCCACAAGUUUGGCAUCACGCAUCUCUCUUUCUACCCCUUCGACUCCGCUGCUUUUCUCUCAACAUCGUACGAUCAGUCUCUCAAAGUGUGGGCUACCCAGAGGGCCGCAGUAUCGGCCUCCUUUAAUCUCGGUUUCAAAGCAUAUACGCACGCCAUAUCCCCAAUCGCCUCACACCUGCUCGUCGCAUGUGGAACGCAGCACCCUGCCGUGCGUCUGGUGGAUCUGCGCUCUGGCUCUAAUAUCCAAAUUCUAGCUUCUCACUCGGGCGCCAUCCUGGCUACUGCGUGGUCGCCAAGGCACGAGCAUAUCCUCGCUACCGGGAGCGUUAACGGGACGGUCAAAAUUUGGGAUAUCCGUCGGGCCGGUGGGGUCAUUGGCAUGUUAGAUCAUGAAGACAGUUUAGGGCUAUAUUACAACGGCCUUAUAGAUGCCAAUGGCAAGCCAAGGUUUCGAGCGUCGGCGAGAGCGCACACUGCUCCUGUAAAUGGUCUAACUUGGACCGACGAUGGAGCGUACAUCGUUUCGGCGGGUUAUGACCGACGUAUCCGCGUGUGGGAUGCCGCUACCGGGAAGAAUACGCUCGCAAGCUUUGGUCCGAACAUCAAGAAUAGCCAACUAGGAAGCGUUACCAUGUUCACGUCGCCGGUGGGCCUAACGCAUCCCGACAAAGAACUACUGUUCUGGCCGAACGAGACUGAGAUUCUCGUUCUGGACCUGCACGACGGCCACGUGGUCACGAAGCUGCGAGGAACCGGUCCAACUGUAGCAGGUGUUCGAUCAACCAGCGGUGCCCAACGUACCAUCAAAAAUCGAAUCGCUAGCAUAGUCUGGAGGGGAGCAGGUGGCGGCGGCAGCUCGAGCGGCGUCGUCAUGGGCGGUAGCAACAUGCCUGGUGCUAUCUUUAGCGCUCACCUCGACGGCCAAAUCAGAGCGUGGAUACCCCGCCUAGAAGGCGACGAUUACGAAGACGAGCAAGAGUCUCUGAUAGACGAGGCCAGUGAGGAGAAGGCCAAGAAGCGGAAGGCCCUCGAUGAUGUCUUCAAUGAUUUAAUGGGAAAGAAGAUCACUUUCACAUAGUACCGGCCCGACAUAAUAAUUGAGGAGGAAAGGAGGGAUAUGCACUUAUUGAAACUAGUCGAUUUUCGCAAUGAUGAUAAUACAUAGCACCAAUAAGGAAGCUUUCAAAAGGGAUUGGACAGAUACUAAUUUGCUGAUUCGAACCUCUUCCUGAGACCGACCUAUUGAACGGCCCAGCGAACCUUAACAAACAUCAUUCACCGCUGCUCUUGCAAGAUCUACAAUCGUUCUCGGUUCCCCCCUUCCGCUCCUACCAUCACCACCAAAAGUGAGCUCACUUAUUAGCAACAAAAUUCUUCUCCACACUAUAAUAACUAUAGCGGGACUGAGUCCA